UUCAAGACGGCCCUCGUCAUCGCCGUGGGCGAGUUCUGCGGCACCUUCAUGUUCCUGCUGCUCUCCUUCAUGGGGGCGCAGACGGCGCUCAACAGCUCCGGCGGGAACCUGGACGCUCCCACGCUGCUGUACAUUGCGUCGUCGUUUGGGACUGCGCUGGCGGUCAAUGUGUGGGUGUUUUAUCGCGUCACGGGAGGGAUGUUUAACCCUGCGGUCACCCUCGGCCUCGUCCUCGUCGGCGCCGUCAAGCCCCUCCGAGCGCUCUACAUCUUCCCCAGCCAGCUCAUCGCGGCCAUUGCCGCCGCCGCCGUGACGGACGGCCUCCUGCCGGGCCCGCUGGGCGUGACCAACGGGCUGGGCAGCGGCACGAGCGUCGUCCAGGGCCUCUUCAUCGAGAUGUUUCUGACGGCGCAGCUGGUGCUGACGGUGUACUUCCUGGCCGUGGAAAAGCACCGCGCGACGUUCCUCGCGCCCGUGGGCAUCGGCGUCUCCGUCUUCAUCGCGCACAUGGCCGGCACCAACUUCACCGGCACGGGCAUCAACCCGGUGCGCUCGCUCGGCCCGGCCAUUGUCACGGGCAACUUCCACGGCUACCACUGGAUCUACUGGCUGGGGCCGGUCCUCGGCGCCCUGCUCUCCUUUGGCGUCUACUCCUUGCUCAAGGUGCUCGAGUACCAGGUGGCCAACCCGGGCCAGGAC